GUUGUUGUUAACAGAGCUCUCACAUACUUGAGGCUUCGGCAGUAUCAGAGAGGGUUAAAGCUUCUCUUGAACACACGGACAGGAGCUGUAAAGGCUUUCUGUAAUCUUAUUAGAGAUACUGUUCAAGAUGAAAUGAGGGUGUUCCUCCAGCAAGAAGGUUCUAAUUUUGGUGCCCACAAAUCAGUUGAGGAGUGGAAGGGGUUCAGUUGGGGUGACUUUCUUCUUGAAAUGAAAGAACACUGCCCGUUAUUGACAUCUUCUUUGCUUGGAUCAGUAACAUCGAAACGCACAGUCGAGACUGUUUCUCUGAGGGCAAAACCCAAAAUUUCAGCAGUACCUACAAUCUGUACAGUUAUGGCCAUUCUGGCUUACCAAGGCAAUCAAAGGAAGAUGUCAAAUUUGCAGGAAUUAAAUUCUGUACAGAUGUGGUUGGCAAGUUGCAAACGACAACUAUUUGCCAAAUUUAAUCAUUUGGGUCUGUGUGUUGGCAUUCAUGCUACCAGGAAUGCUGUGGACAGAAUCAGACACAACUUCGAUUCAAAAGUGAUGGAAUGGAGAAAUGCAGUAACCGAUCAGUUACUUUUGCCAUCAGAUGUGUCCACAGCAGAAACCAUUCCAUAUGGAGAAGAUAGCUCGACACCGAUGUCGGUUGACACACCAGCUCAGUCACCUGUCAGGAAACCAAGGUCACCACUGAAAAUACCAACACAUGUAAGCAGUGAUUCAGAUGAGCCAAGUAGUGUAUCCAAUAUGGUAUCUGACGUUAGCAGCGUAUCAUCUGACACUGAUCAUGGUAAACCUUGUUACUCCAUAUGCUUUGACAACGUAAAUCAGAAAACAACUGUUCGGCAUCAGACAAGGGAUAAGAAGAACAAAAUGUAUAAUAUGGUGCAAGCUUACGCAGCCUUGGAUCGCAUCAGUACAUUGCACUUAAGUGAUGCCUCCCCCACGCCUGAGGAUGUGCUGAAUAUUCCCUUGGAGAGAUGCCUCCCAUGCGAAAUGGAUGAAGUGGAUCUCCGUUCCCAACUGACAGUUUUGGUUGAACGAAUCCUCUGCAAGAGAAUUCCUUUUUUUCAAGGAGAAGAAGAUAAUGUCCUGUCCCACAUCCCUCAUCAAUUUUCUCAGAAAUCCUCUGAGAAGAGUGAAAUGGUACUCCUAGGUGUCUUAGACAAAGAUGAAAGCAAAAUUGGAGAUGCCAUUGACAUUGUGAAUGACUACCAUAAGUAUGUUCCCCUGAAGCCUGAUGGAUCGCCAUUAACUCUUCCCCUCCAUGCUGAUGGAUUAAGUUGCGAAAGAGUCAAUGAUUCUCAGAAUGCCCGCAUCAAUGGAACUACAAAGUGGCUACAGCUUCAGGGACUCAUUCCAAACAUUCAGGAAUGGCACAAGAGAUGCCUGCUUCUCCAGGACAUGUAUGAUGAAUUGUACUCUGGGAAAAGUUCAAGAGAAGUGGGAACCUUAUUUCACCUGAAAAACUACUUCGAACACAGAAAUGUUUCAUCAAAUGUGAAGGACUCUUUUAAUUACGAUGAGGAUUUUUUAGAAUUUUGUACCGAGGGAUACAUCACUUUGCUUGCCCUCCAUAUUCUAGGAAUGGACACACUCCAUGAUGUGCCAGACACACAAGACAAUCUCAUGUGUUUACAUGAUACAUCUAGCAAAAUAAUUGAUAUGGUUUUUCAAUCUGCAAUGCCAACUGUACAGAACAUUCUGAAAACCUCGGAUGAAAUGCUGGAUGACUCCUAUCCCUAUUGUGUGUGUAAGAAAGAACAGCAUGGUGCCAUCAUGGUCUUCUGUGAGAACAGAAACUGUCCCAGAGGUGUUUGGUUUCAUAUUGACUGCAUAGAUAUGGAAGAGGAUGAUAUUCCUGAAGGUGUAUGGUUUUGCAGUAGUGGUUGUGAGAAGGAAAAGUCUGCCAAAAAGAAUAAGAAGAAGACUGUGGCAAAUAAUUUGCGAGACAUGAAGUUGGAUUAUACCCUCCUUCUUAUUUGGAAAGGUCUCUCUCAAAUUUCAAGAAAAGAUUCCAUUAGGGAGAAUAAUGGAAAGAUGAUUAUAACCCACUGGAAAUUUGACCUGCUGCAGUUCUUUACCAAACACCACCCAAAGUACUUCUUGCUGUGCACAAGACUAUUACUUGCAAUCAACGGUGCGGUUUCUCCAAGACUACAGAAAACUUUAGUUUGGAACAGAACUGUUAACGUAAAUGGAGGCAGAGGAAAGAAUAUUGAGAUGGACCUCCAGAUGGAGUACUUCAAUAAGGAGUACAAAGAAAGUGUUAAAGAUGCAGCUGGUCACCUGACACCAGACACUAUUGCGAGGCACAGCCAGAUGAUAGGAGUUGGAAAAGAGGUGAGCAAAGUUUAUGAUAUCAAUGUGAGUGGUAUGUCUGGCCGCACCAUCCAUAAAGGGGGACAAUCUGAUAGAACAAAAGACAUUGAGGAAUUCAUCAACAUUUUACUUCCUGAGGAUAUCUUUACCACCCACCCUGGUAGACACCAUAAAAGUUUUCCUGAUGUCGAGCUCAACGUGUACCAAAAAGCUCUUCCAAAGAACAUCCGUGAAAGGCUAAAAAGAAUCAGAAAGGAAGAAAGUAAGAAGCUAAGGAGGAGAGAAAGGAUGCUGGAAUUAUAGAAGGCCACUCUCAGCUGUUUUGGAAACUUGCUCUCAAGUCAAUCCAUCCUCAAACCUCACUGAAAAACAUUUUCACCAAAAUGUGCAUUAACUUUCAUUUGAAAAACAUAUGGGUUUGAUUAAUAAGAUUCUUUUAAUUGUUUAUCUGUGAAAUUUCAAAAUAAGUGCUCUUUUGACCAAAGAAAAUUAAAAGAUAUUGCGAUUGUGAGCAGUAUUUUUCAGGAAUUUAAAGAAGACCUUAAAAUUGUUUAUGAUAAAGAAUUUCAUUAGAGUAAAAUAAAGUCAGUGUUAUUAGCAUUGAUUAAGUUGUUUGUGAUUACAUAGAUUUGAAAUUCUGCUGUUUUAUUUUUAAUAUCCUAUAAAUUGUUCGAUGGUAAAUUUUCCUUACUAUGGCAUUUUUACAAUUGUUCUGUUUUAGUACAGUGUAUAAUUAUAGUUAUUUUUAUGCCAUUCCAAAGUUCUUUUAAUUUUAUUCAUCUUAAAUGUAGAAUAAUGUACUGAUAAUUCUUUGCAAACAA